AUGUCAAAACCUACCCCCUUUGCUACAGACAACAAGCAUGUCAUGCUAUUAAUAAGUGCUCUUGGUGUAAGCACUGUGGCAUGGCUUGCCACUCGUUAUCUUUUCGGAAGCUCUACACCUACUCCACCCCCUUCGACUCCACCCAUGCAAAAACAAGAAGAGGAGAAUACAAUGAACUUUGUUCAAAUCAUGAAACAACAGAAUCGUAAAGUGGCUAUCUUUUAUGGAUCACAAACGGGUACUGCUGAAGACUAUGCCAAACGCCUUGGCAAGGAAUGCAAGAAACGAUUCAAUGUCUCUGCCCUUGUGUUGGAUAUUGAGAAUUGUGACAUGAGCGUAUUGGAUCAAUUCCCUGAGGAUGGUGUGGCGAUCUUUGUCAUGGCAACGUAUGGUGAGGGCGAGCCUACAGACAGUGCACAAGCCUUCUGGGAUCUUCUCGACGCACCCAAGUUUUCACAAGAGAGUGAUAGCGAGCAACCCUUAAGCAAUCUCCGAUAUCUGAUGUUCGGAUUGGGAAACAGCUCAUACGCAUACUUCAAUUGGGUUGGUAAACUUGUGGAUGAAAAGCUGACGGGUCUUGGUGCUACCUUGAUUGGUGAACGUGGACAAGGUGAUGAUGACAAGUCCUUGGAGGAUGAUUUUGAAGCAUGGCAAGAAGCCCAUUGGCCUUUGUUGGCUGAUAUGAUUGAUGAUGGAGGAGAUGCAUCCAGUGAAAGCAGUGGUCCUGAUACGUCGUACACUGUGCAAGAGUUAACUGAUGGGUGCAACGACAAGCACGUGUAUUUGGGUGAACUCGGUGAAAAGGAACAAGUCGCAUGGGAUGCUCGCAAGCCCUAUCCAGCCCCCUUGGCAGUAUCACAAGACUUGAUGACGGAUUCAGAUCGCCAUUGCCUCCACUUGGAAGUCGACAUGGCUGGCUCAGGAAUGACUUAUGAAACAGGUGAUCAUAUCGCUAUUUGGCCAAGCAAUAACGAAGUCGAAAUCAUGCGUUUGGCUCGUAUCCUUGGUUUGCACACGAAGCUUGAAACAGUCAUUUCAAUCAAGGCUGUCGAUGAUAUGGCUGUCAAAAAGGCUCCCUUCCCACAACCCACCACUUACCACGCCAUGCUUCGUCAUUAUCUCGACAUUUGCCAAUUGCCUUCACGCCAAGUGUUACAAAUGCUGGUGCCUUUUUGCCAAUCCCCCGACGUCGCUGCACAACUUCAAACCUUGGUCAAUGACAAGGAUGAGCAUCGCAAGACCGUGUUGGAAUCCGUACGCAACUUGGCUGAAGUUCUUGAGUACGUUAUCAACAAGGCUGGAUUGGAGAGUGUUGAGAACAUGUUCAAGGUGCCAUCUGAGGUGGUGAUUGAGUGCUUUGGUCGCUUGCAGCCUCGCUAUUAUUCGAUUUCUUCCUCGUCAAGUGAGAGCCCUGAUCGCGUCAGUGUAACAGCUGUGACACUCCAAUAUCAUCCCGAACCAACUCCCGAUCGCACCGUAUUUGGUGUCAAUACCAACUAUUUGUGGGCUGUUCAUGCUGCUCUUCAAGACACAAAGCAUCAAGAUAACGUACCACAAUACGCAAUUGAAGGUCCCCAUGGACAAUACUUUGAUCAUGCCAACCGCGUUGCCAAGCUACCUGUACACAUUCGCCGCUCCACAUUCAAGUUGCCUACCGACACUACCAAACCCGUUAUUAUGGUUGGCCCUGGUACUGGUGUAGCACCCUUCCGUGGUUUCGUACAUGAACGUGUCCAUCAACGUACGCAACUUAACAAGCACGUGGGUCCCACUGUCCUUUACUUUGGUUGCCGUCGCGCUUCAGAAGAUUUCCUUUACAAGAACGAAUGGCCCGCUCUCUUUGACAAGCUCAGUGAUGACAACCAAUCUCGUAUCAUCACUGCCUUUUCACGUGAAUCAGAUAAAAAGGUCUAUGUCCAAGACCGCCUCAAGGAAAAUGGCGAGGAAAUGUGGGAUCUUAUUCACAACAAGGGUGCCUAUGUCUAUAUUUGUGGUGACGCUAAGCGCAUGGCCAAGGAUGUUCAACAAACCAUUACCGGCUUUGCCAAGCAAUAUGGUGGAUAUGAAGAUGAUCAAGCUAUUAGCUACGUAUCUCAAUUGCGACAAGAUGGCCGAUAUCAAGAAGACGUUUGGGCAUAA